CGGAGGAUGGCCGCGGCCGCGGCGGGUGGGUCUCCGGGCCAGUCCCCCGGCCCCGCCGCCGCUCGGGCCGCGCCGCAGGCGCUGCGGCGGCGAGGGGAUUCGCGGCGCCGCCAGGCCGCGCUCUUCUUCCUCAACAACAUCUCCCUGGACGGGCGGCCCCCGAGCCUGGGCCCGGGCGGCGAGAAGCCCCCGCCGCCGCCGCCGCCCGCCGAGGCGCGCGAGCCGCCCGCGCCGCCGCCGCCACCGCCGCCGCCCGCGCCCCCCGCCGGCCUGCCCCUGCCUGGACCCGCGGGGAGGGCCUCGGCGCCCCAAGGCCUGCUCAGCCCCGCGCCCGCGCCCGCUGGCUUGGGCCUCGGCCUGAGCCUGGGUCUGGACGGGCAGCGCCAGAGAAGGCGCGUAGGCUCCCAGCGCUGCUCCCUCGAGUUUCUGGAAGACACGGUGGGAUGUGCCUCGGUUCAAAGAACCAAACAUACGUCUGGAUCCCCAAGACACAAAGGCCUGAAGAAGACGCACUUCAUCAAGAAUAUGAGGCAGUACGACACCAAGAGCAGCAGGAUCGUGCUCAUCUGCGCCAAGCGGUCCCUGUGUGCGGCCUUCUCGGUCCUGCCCUAUGGAGAAGGCCUGCGCGUCAGUGACCUGAGGGUGGAGAGCCAGAAGCAGAGGCAUCCGUCCGGCGGCGUCUCCGUGUCUUCCGAGAUGCUUUUCCAGUUGGAAGGCGUCGAGCUGGGGGCGGAUGGAAAGGUCGUGUCUUACGCCAAGUUCCUGUACCCCACCAACGCCCUGGUCACGCUCAAGCCGGACAUCCACAGCCCGCCGCCUCAGCCCCGGCCCAGUGCCCCCCGCGCUCUGCUGGGGCCCAGAUGCAAAUCCGUCCCGCCCAGGGCGGCGCCAGCCGGCUCGGAACUAGGGGCCGAUGCGGGGGAUGCCCUGGAGUACAACCCCGACCUCCUGGAUGACCCUCAGUGGCCCUGCGGCAAGCACAAGCGCGUCCUCAUCUUCGCGUCCUACAUGACCACAGUGAUAGAGUAUGUGAAGCCGUCCGACCUCAAGAAGGACAUGAACGAGACCUUCCGGGAGAAGUUCCCACACAUCAAGCUGACACUGAGCAAAAUUAGGAGUUUGAAACGAGAGAUGCGGAACCUGUCUGAGGAGUGUGGUCUGGAGCCCGUGACAGUGUCCAUGGCCUACGUGUACUUCGAGAAGCUGGUCCUGCAGGGCAAGCUCAACAAGCAGAACCGCAAGCUGUGUGCAGGCGCCUGCGUGCUGCUGGCCGCCAAGAUCAGCAGCGACCUCCGCAAGAACGACGUGAAGCAGCUCAUUGAUAAGUUAGAAGAAAAGUUUCGGUUCAACAGACGGGAUCUAAUUGGGUUUGAGUUCACCGUGCUCGUGGCCCUGGAACUUGCUCUCUACCUUCCCGAGAACCAGGUGUUACCUCAUUACAGACGCCUCACGCAGCAGUUCUAGCCUGGCCCGGCCCUGCGGGCGAGUUUCCAGGCGCUGGUGCCACUCCCCCUCCACGCCCCUGCUUCCCUGGAGGGACACCACACCACCGGGUAUUUCGGAGAGCCCUGCUGCAUUCCUCCGUGAACAAAAUGUGGGGCUCUGUUGUUGUUUCUUUUUUUCCUGUGCCUGGUCUGGCACCAGGACUUUGAUUUUUGACGCGCGGUGGUGAAUCCUGACUUCACAGCGUUUCUCCUCUUUGCGUCACCCAGCCUUCUGCUACCAUCGUAGCACCGCGCUAGCAUCUCGUGGAGAUCUGGGUUUCCAGACCUCACCGCACGCGCUGGAUUGCUAGCGUUAACCUGUUGGGGCAUUAAUCUCGGCUGUUCGGAGUUUUCGGACGUGGAGACCGCACUGUGGAAUCCCCACUCCCCCCCUCGGCCCGACUCCUUCCCAGCACAGCCCCCUCGGGGGGUGUGCACCCACCUCCCCGCAUCCACACACACGGCUCUGGCGUCAGCCUAAGCCAAGGAGAACAGACCCCUGGUUGGUUUUGGUCUCAUUUUUUUACUCUCGGACUUCUGUUCUUCCAAGGAUCACAUCACUGUGAAGUCCUGAUGCCCUGUUGGGGGUCACACACCCCAACAGGCCUCUGGGCACAGAACUGGCCCACCCCACGCAGGGCUCCGUCUCACCGGGAAGACCCCCCUUGCCCACGAUACUUGGGACCUUCAGGAUGACUGGAUUGCUGGCUCUUGAUCUUCCUAAGCAAUAUUGUGGAGAAACCGUGUUUACUGUCGUGUAGGGUUUGGUUCGGUGGGUCUGUUUUUCCUGAGGGAACAGAAACUUGUUAAGCGGCGUCUGCUGAAGUUGUGACUUGAACCACACUUGACCCUCCAGCGGGGAGGAGACCCCUUCACAGCCCUGCCUCCCCGUCAGGGUCUGGUCAGCCUUCUUCCUCCCAGCAGGAAGUGGGAGCCGCCUUGGCCGGAGGAGCCGCCACACCAAGCAGACCCCAAGGGCUGGUCGUUGUCCUGGGCAGGUGUGUGCCCGGCUCGCCAGCUUCUCUACGCUCCACGUGGCCCAGUUCUUCCACUUGCUGCCCCACCAGAAACACUGAAGACCGCGGGCUGGAGCUUCUCCUUCACGGGUCAGCUGCUCUCAAAGGACUGUGUUGGCUGGGCCAUUAAGCUGCUUCCCUACUGCUGUCCCAUAAACCAGUCACUGGAGGGGCUCCGGGACAGCCCCACCCUGCAUCCUACGCGUGUGCACUGGUGCUUUUGCAGAACGGAGAGGCCAGCCCUCAUCAGAGCGCUCAAGCACCAGCAACUUGAGACCCCAGCAGGGGUGCAGGACGGCAGCUCCCCCCCUGCUGGCUGCUGUUCCUUCUGCCUCAAGUCAGUCGCUUGGGCUGAGGGAGGAGAGGGGGACAAGUGCAGGAUGCAGCGCGAAGCCUAAGUCUGUAUUCCGACCUUAUUUAUCAAGGAGUGCCUCUUCCCUGUCUUCCCCAAGACGGCUCCCAAACCUGAUGUGCACCAAGGAGGGCUUGAAGGAUGAAGCUGCUAGGCCCCAGGCAACUCUUCUGCAAAGUGACCUGUCCAGCCAACACAGCGUCUCAAGGACACUCCUGUUACAGGCACUGCAGGGGACCAACUUACAAAACGUACGUCCUGGUUUACAGUUAGCCUUGAGGAACGUAUCUUCCUGGAAAUUUCUAUACAGAUGUUAAGAGUGGCUGAUACAGUAACUUUACAGUAAGUUUGCCUGUUUAUGUAGUGAGAAUUAGUCAUUCACCGAACCUGUCUGUAACCUUCCCUUUAGUGCAUCGCGUCCUUUUUAAUGUCAACAGCUGCCACUGUGUGGUACUCAAGUGAAGCCAGUAUUUAAGGCAUUAAACUUCAGCCUAAAAUGUCACCCCCUAGAACCAGCCCAGACAUCUGUAUCCAAGGGCCUGGGGCCACUCCCUCAGUGCCUAGGAGGCGCUGUGGACUUAAAUGAGCGCGUAAGUGGCCCUCUGACCUCACUGUCUAGUCAAGUGUCAUGGAUCUGUUUGCAAAAAGUAAUUGUGCUUUAAGUAAAAUUUGG